AUGUCGAAUAGAGAUCAUGCUAAGAAGCAUUCCAUGGACAUCCCCCAUGUCACGUCCGUGGAAUUGCCUUUCAACGUGAAAAACACAGACAGAGCAGUCCAUAUGCUAGGAGGAAAACAGAGGAUCCAGAAGGCUAUCAACUCACAAUACAGACCAACAGCCAUUCAGCCCAGCAGCCAUGCUGUCGACGACAAGAAUUUGGAAUUGAGGCUCCGAAAUGAUCCUUUUCAUCAUCCAGUACAGGCUUCGGUUAACAGAAGGGAAAAGGUCCUACUUAAGGUAUCCAUCCCAAAGUCAAGUCUUCCUAAGGAUUACCACGAGAACCCACAGAAAUACCCCGUCAGAGACCUUCUUAGGCAAUCCAAGGAUGACGGUCAUCAUGCAAAGGUAGAGCCUGUCGCCAUAAUCAACAAGAACUACAGCUUUCGUGCCAUAGCUGACUUCCAGAUGACUACGAAGAACAACAAGAUGGCACAAGACUUUAAUAACCAAGUUUUGAGACUGAGCCAGUUUGAUGACUACAAGAAAUUCUAUCAGGAUAAGCUUACAAAGACAGACGACUACAAAAACCCCGAGAUAUUCGAGAACAAGGACCACCAACUAAUCCCACCUCCACAUUUCAGCGGCAUUCGGUUCCCAUUCGAUUUCAGGUAUCAAAAGAGUCCAUACACAGUAACGCUACGAGACGAAGAAGGCAAUGCCAAGGUGGUGAUGAAGUCGGAUUCCAAAAAGUUGUUCACCAACACCGUUGACUUCUACAGCGACUCGAUCCCUGAAGCACCUCUACCCGAGAUUAUCAAAAAAUACGAAUGGAUGGUGUCAGCAGAUCUAUCACAUGAGUAUUCGGACAAAAAGCUUUUCGAUUGCGUUCAUUUUCUCAGGAGGCUAUUUGAGAUCAAGCCUAUUUGGCUAAGAAAGCUGCUUGUUGAUGUCACUCCAGAGCCAUUGAAGGCAGCUGUGAAAGAGGCGCUUCCGUAUGUUUCUUAUUGUUACAAAAAUGGUCCCUGGAGAUUUUGCAACGUGAGACUUGGAGUCAACCCCAAGGACAGCAGCUCUUACUGGGUUUACCAGAGUGGAUAUUUCCGUUUACAAGGGCUCCGUACCAAAUUCGAUCAAAGCGAAGAUACUGUACGGGUGGUCCCCAACACCAUUAAAAUGAACGAUCCAAACUCUGAAGUGAUGGUCUCUGAGCACUUGUUGUUCACCGGUAAGAAGCUACCUGGAGCGAUCAAUUACCAGAUCGGUGAUAUUAUGGACGACGAUAUUGUUUCUGUAAUCAAACGUGCUGAAUUACACGGAGAGCUUUUGAGGGACACUUUGGACUCGCAGGAAGGCUGGAUCAAAAAGCAGAUCAUCGAGACCAUUCGUCGUAUCGUCAGGUAUAAGCUACGUCGGUUGUACAAAGAGCUCCCCAUUGAGCGUGAGAAGAUACACGAAAUUAUCGAAGCAGAUUACACGGAGAAGGAAGGAGAGGAAAAUGACGAGGACAUGGAUGAGGAUGAGGAGGAGGUUGAUGAAGAGGAUGAGGACGGCGCGGAGCACACAAACGAGGCCGAUGACAACGACAUGGACGAGGAUGUAGUGGAUCCAGCUUCCGUCACGGAAGAAUCCAUUCUCAGCAGAAUCAGGCAAGCAGAUGGCCCAGCAGCAGAGAAACUCGCGUCCUUCGAGGCCACCGAGACCGCCCUUGCAUUUUUCGCUGCCGGUGCAGUCUACUUUGCCUUGAUCACCGGUACCAUUCCUACCAGCGAGUUGGUGCAGAAUGAGAUCUUGCCAUUCUUGCCAUGGUGGGCCUUGGUCACUUUCGGCAGUUACGCCUUGGCCACGCUAGGCUGGGGUGUUCUCACUUUCAAGGACAAGGAGAAGAGCUACAGGGAGUUGUUGCAGCAGAUAGACGAGGCUAAGACUUUCUACAAGGAGAAGGGUCUUGACUUGGAUGAAUAG